CCUUAUUCGAGCUCUCUUAUAAACAGUCUAGGUUGUCACACUAGCCACGUCUUACAAGCCACGUGAGCCAAACCUUGUAUGUCUCAGUGACUUCUAAAUAUAUAUCAUGGUACGAACUGUGCUACACCCGAGCCAUUGUCUCGAACCUUAUUCAGACGGCUUGUCUGUCGUUCAGCCACACGUCACAAAGACACAAGCCAUGAAUCUUCUCGCUCCCUCGCCUCCAUGCUAAGAAGUCAUUCGUGCUCGAGACGAGGAGCCUCAAAGACAUUAUGCAAUUCUUCACCUUCCGGGAUCUCAAAGCAGCAACCGUGCGAUGUUUUGCGGUGAUUGUCGUCCGAUGUCUCGUCGUCCAAGUUGGUAAGGCUUACAUCAUGAUUAAAAUAAAGAUCUGCGUCGUCCACCGCAAGGGCCUCUGGUUUGAGGAACACGUCUCGAGCAUAGUAUUCCAGAACCUUCAAGCCAUGAUGAUGAUGAAUACUUGCGCAAGCGAAUUACCGACCUUCAAAUGCAGCCGCACACAUCACCCUAAUAAUGAUCGCUCGCAAGAUCCCAAAGUUCCCAAACAUCCCUCCACGGACCUUAAUCGGACGAUCAAUAUAACCUCCUUGCCUGCCAAUACAUACCCCCCUCCCCAUCCCACAUCCCCGCUUUCUUGUCUUACCAAACUAUAUUGCUUGACCUGCCAGCCUCCCUGCUGUUGUUGCACGAACAGCUGGACAAAACCGACCUACCACUACUAGCUCACCCAAACCCGUCACAACUCUGGAUUCCGUUCGGCACGUAAACCUAAAUCCCGAUCCACAAA